AUGCUUGCAAAAGAAUUUUAUACUAUAAUUCAAAACGAAGAAUCGGCUACUAAUUUUUUAAUUUCUAAAAAACUUUUAGUAAAUGUAUUGUGCGAUAAAUGUAGUAGUGAAAUGAAAUAUUACAUAAAAAAAGAACGCGGAAAAGAAAGAAAAUUGUUGAGGUGUAAAAGGAAAGGGUGUCAAACCACUCAAAAUAUAAGAAAGAACAAUAGUUUUUGGACAUACUUGGAUAAAAAUAGGCGUAAUAAUAGUGGAUUAAGCAUUGGAGCACAACUAGAAUUAGUUUAUUAUUGGUGUCAAGAUUUAAAGCAGUCCACAAUUAUAACUUUAACCGGUAGAUCAGCUCAUACAGUGUGUGACUGGAUGAACUUGGGUCGUGAUGUACCCGUCAGAAUAUUUGAAAACCGCAAUAAAUUAGGAGGACCCGGAAUAGUUAUCCAAGUAGACGAGUGUUUGUUACGAGGAUCAAGGAAAAAUAAUAAAGGACGACUUCGACUUGGAGAUUUACCAUCCGAAAAUCUUAACGUCGACGAUGAAAAUAUUGAUCCUCUAGAAAAUGGAGCAAGGAAUUAUGGAAGACGGCUUGAUGGACCACGGGUAUUCGGUUUGUGUGAUAAUAUCGAAGGAAGAUAUUUUGUAAUCCAAAAAAGAGACAAGGUUACAUUACACAAUAUUAUACAAAGAGAGGUCAUUGCUGGGUCUACAAUACAUUCCGAUGGCUGGUCAGGUUAUAAUGGACUUUCGGAUCUCGGGUACAGUCACAAUAUUGUAAAUCAUAUCGAACAUUUUGUGGAUCCAAUAACAAAAGCACAUACCCAAAGAAUAGAAAGUUUGUGGCGCCCAUUGAGGCUAAAAAUUGUAAAAAAUAUGUGUGGUACAACUCCAGAAUUAAUUCCAAGAACGUAA